UUUAAGCUGUCACUGGUAGUCGGGAGGAGACUGAUGGAGGACAGGAGGAUCAGCCACUCGCAAGCAAACAUUAGUAUCGACUCACAAAAUUAUCCAAAUAAGAAUGAGGACGCAUUACAAACACCCGGCGGAGACAAACUAUGUUCUGGCCUAAAUUAGAGAACUUUAUUUGGACUGUCACAGUUUAAGUGCAUGAUCGCCACAAAGCGAAAAAGUGCAUCCAAGUCUGACAAUCGGUGCAUUGUUAGAAAGGCAUUAAAUGUUCCUUACAUUUAAGUUACCAUCCUGACAAAAUGACGCGUUUGGGGUGCGCGCUUCACGCCUCUGGACAAAGACUCUCUCACAUUCACGUAUUCAUCGCGCAUCUGGUGGUCCUGACAAGCUGCAAAACGUCGAUGUUGCCACAUGAAACAGAGAGAUUGCUGCAGGACCCGUCCCAAUAUGAAGUGGUUCACCCCAUCAGAGUGGAUGCCAGAGGUCACUUCCUGUCUAACUUCCUGUCUCACCAGUCUCGGCGUGUACAACGCCGGGAAGCCUCAGAGGAACUGGUGGACCUAAAUCGUGUCUUCUAUCAGUUUUUCCAUGGAGGCCGUAUCUUGCACUUUAACCUCAGCCUUAAUCCAAACCUGCUGGCUCCAGGCUUCCUGACGGAGAGGAGGUAUGGUGGACUUGAUGGGGCCCAGAUCCAUCGUCCUGGAGUGUCCCAUUGCUAUUAUUUAGGUGAAGUGUGGGACGAGACCACCGUUAAAGGGAGUGCCGCUAUAAGUACCUGCAAUGGACUGACAGGACUGUUCAAGUUGUCGGAUAAAGAGUUCUUCAUUCAGCCUCUGGAGAAGGCCAGUCAUGAGACCUCAGCACCACAGCCCCAUGCUAUCUACAAACGCCAUGCAUCCCCUCCUCUCUGGAGUCCAGUAAUACAACCCAUCUCAGGGAAACAACCUCUCAAUGGUACCUGUGGAAACAAAGAUACCACUCACAGUUUUAAAGACGUUGAGAGGCAGCGGGAGCAGUGGGAGCACCGGCAGGAGAGGAGGAGGAGGAGAAUUCAUCAGCGCUCAGUGAGCAAAGAAAAGUUUGUGGAAACUCUGGUGGUGGCCGACCCUAAAAUGGUGGACUAUCACGGAAGCAAAACUGUGGAAAGCUAUGUCCUAGCUGUUAUGAACAUUGUGGCAGGUUUGUUCAGAGAUGCCAGCAUUGGAAAUGCAAUCAAUAUCGUGGUUGUUCGGCUCAUCCUCCUGGAAAAGGAUGAGGAUGACUUAAAGAUUACACACCAUGCAGACAACAGCUUGAACAGCUUCUGUAAAUGGCAAAAGAAACUCAAUAUGAAAGGAGACGAACAUCCGCUGCACCAUGAUGUAGCUGUUCUGCUCACAAGGAAAGACAUCUGUGCUGCCAUCAACAUGCCUUGUGAGACUUUGGGUCUGUCCCAUGUGGCAGGAAUGUGUCAGCCCCAUCGUAGUUGCAGCAUUAAUGAAGACACGGGCCUUCCAAUGGCCUUCACGGUAGCGCACGAGCUGGGACACAACUUUGGGAUUCAGCAUGAUGGCAACGGUAAUGACUGCGAACCCAUCGGGAAACGACCUUUCGUCAUGUCUCCGCAGCUCCUGUAUGGCACAGCCGUGCCCAGAUGGUCACGCUGCAGCCGCCAGUAUAUAACCCGCUUCCUAGAUCGCGGCUGGGGUUGGUGCUUGGAUGAUGCCCCGGGGAAGGACAGGUUGUCUCUGACUUCGACACUUCCCGGUGUGCUGUAUGGUGCUGUCCAUCAGUGUCGCCUGCAGUAUGGGUCUGGAUCCCGGCUCUGUAACGACAUGGAUAACGUAUGCAGCACUCUGUGGUGCACUGUGGGAACAACCUGCCACUCAAAGCUGGAUGGAGCUGUGGAUGGAACCAGUUGUGGUGAAGACAAGUGGUGUAUCAGUGGGGAGUGUGUAGCAGUAGGAUAUCACCCCGUAAGUGUACAUGGUAACUGGGCAUCGUGGAGCGAGUGGUCAGCCUGUUCGAGAACAUGUGGAGCUGGUGUCCAGAGUGCCGAAAGGGACUGUGAUAAUCCAGUUCCGAAACACAGAGGGAAGUAUUGUCUCGGAGAGCGACGGAGAUACAGAAUCUGUAACACCAUUUCAUGUCCUCAUGAACUCCACACCUUCAGAGACAUCCAGUGUAGUCACUUCAACACACUGCCUUACAAGGGCAAGUUCUACAAAUGGGAGGCAGUCAUCAGCAGAGUCAACCCCUGUGAACUGCACUGCCGUCCACUGAAUGAACAUUUUUCUGAAAAGAUGCGAGAUGCUGUCACUGAUGGAACCCCGUGUUAUGAAGGCAGUAAAAGCAAAGAUAUGUGCAUCAGUGGCAUCUGUCAGAAAAUCGGCUGUGAUUAUGUGAUUGACUCCAGCGCAGUCGAGGAUCGCUGUGGCGUUUGUAACGGUAACGGCUCCACCUGUACAACUGUGAGGAGAACAUUUGAAGAGAGUGAAGGACUCGGAUAUGUAGACAUUGGACUGAUCCCAGAGGGAGCCUGGGACAUCCUGAUUGAGGAGGUGGCUGCAGCUGGGAAUUUUUUGGCACUGCGUAGCGACAACCCCAGCAAGUAUUUUCUGAAUGGAGGCUGGACGAUCCAGUGGAACGGAGAGUACAAAGCAGCUGGAACAGUUUUCACCUAUGAGCGAACAGGUCAUCUGGAAAACCUGACGUCUCCUGGGCCCACGAUGGAACCACUGUGGAUCCAGCUCCUCUUUCAGGAGACCAAUCCUGGGGUGAGGUAUGAAUACACCAUCAGUCAAAAUAUUUCAGAGGACAGCAAUAUGCCAGCAACUGUUUUCUUCUGGAAAUACGGCUCAUGGACUGAGUGCAGUGUUACAUGUGGAGCAGGUGUUCAGAGGCAGGUUGUUCAUUGUGUGGAAAAGACAACUGGAAUAGUUGAAGAGCACUUCUGUGACCCCAUCAGCCGACCUGACGACAACCAAACCAGCUGUAAUAAGGAUCCAUGCCCCGCCGUAUGGUGGGUCGGAGACUGGCAGAAAUGCUCUGCGAGCUGUGGGAGCUUGGGCUUAGCUAAAAGAACGGUCCUCUGCAUCCAGGCAGUGAGCACUGAGGAACAGAAAGCUCUGGAGCCUAGUGAUUGUGAGCACAUGCCCAAACCUGACUCCAUAUUCUCCUGCAACACACACAUCCUCUGUCCAGCUGACUGGAUGACUGGCAGCUGGUCAAAAUGUUCACUGACUUGUGGCAGUGGAGUUCGUCACCGUAAUGUAACCUGCUCUGCAAACACUGCUGUUGACUGUGACCCCCAAAAGAAACCUUUAAUUAUCACACCCUGCCAUAUUCAAGACUGCCCGCAGGUUGUGGAUAAUUUUGGAGGUAUUGAAUGGUCUGGGAGCGGCUGGUCCAGCAAAGAAGUCCUCAAUGAAAUCGACCCAGUUCCUGAAGUAAAACCUCCUUCCAAAUACAGCACUACCAGAGCCCAGCCAAAAAAUGACAUUGUUGAUGGAGAUUUCCAUUACCACAACAACAUUGAAAAUAUUAAACAACCUCAAGAAAACCAUGUUCAAGUUGAUGAUUUUUACUAUGAUUAUAACUUUAUUAACUUUCAUGAAGACUUAUCCGAUGACUUUGAGGGCAAUGAAGAAGACUCAGAGGGCAGCCAUUUACUCAGUUCUCCACAGGAGUCCAAGCCAAGUCGCAGUGUGAAGGACAAUCGUCACAUGGAAACUACAAGUGCUUCCACAGCUAGUUCUCCCACAGUUUCUAAUGUCUACACUCUGAAAACUGAAGAGUCACAGAGCACAAAAGCAGACAAUUCAAAGCUCAGGUCUGUGCACCUGGAUUCUGAAAAUCUAUAUGACCUCCUAUAUGAUGAGUAUCUCCUGCCAGUUUCUACCACUCCACCAGUACCAUCAUCAUCAACCCAACAUUCACAAACAGUGAAAGAGAACAAAAGUCACCAGGAGCCUGAAAACAUUAGCACAGUGCCAAGUUUGCUUUUCACUACAUACCGGGAAAAAUGGGGGCAAUCUAAGGAGGAAACUGACAACAACUAUGGUGAUUUCAGUGAAGGGGAAAAGCACACUGAGGGUUUCACUGUGACUCCACCACAUACUGCCCCAGCUUCCACACAUCAAACUGUUUUCACAACAGUAAGUGCUCAGGAGAUGGGGGAUGAUUACAUCUCUGCAGGGCAAGAAGAUAUAGAGAGUUUAGAACUUUUGGGCACUCUCACGCCAGAAACCACUAAUCAGGUUAAGACUGACGUCCAUCUUGAUGAAAAUGCUUCAGAAAUACCUCAAAUUAUUAUUGAGUCCACACAUUUUCCAUUCAUUUUCACAGUGGAAGAUUUGGACAGGGAUCAGAUCAAUUUUGAUACAGUAUAUAACAACUUGUGGGACAGCGAUCAUGACCUCAGCACAACUUCACCUCCUUCCUCUGAGAAACCCACUCCCCUUCCCAUUCCCUCCUUACUUAUCUCAGGUAACCAGGAGGCAUCAGAUGACUCCACAUCCUUAACUGGAACAGAUAUUAUACCUCCUACAAUACCUAAAGGAGCCAUUUAUCCUCCUCCAGCUGAUUUCCUGACAGCUACAAUAGAACAGAUGCCUGCAAGCCCAGUUAAUGCUGAAACAACUGGAACAGACUCCACAUCCCAACCUUCGUUGUUCGAUUUAACUGAUUUUGACUACAAUGAAAUAUUCAUUCCCGCGAUGAUGGGGAGCAGCAUUACCAGUCACCCUGGCUCUACACACAAGUCUCUAGCAAGCACAUAUAACACUCCUGAGUUGAACACUAUUCCAGCACAGCACACAGGAUCACCAACACCUGCUGUUCUCCUGACUCAUCCCCCCAGUCAGUGGCCGCCUACUGUCCCAACAUCCGUCCAAACUUCAGAUUCCACUCAAGUUGGUGGAGCAGCCUACUGGAUUUCUGCUAACUGGAGCUCUUGCUCCACCAGCUGUGGUCUGGGGGCUGUCUGGAGGGCUGUGACUUGCAGUACUGGGUCAGAGUCAGACUGUGAUACAACUAAGAGGCCUGCACCAGCUCGACAGUGUUACCUGCGCCCUUGUUCCAUGUGGAAGGCUGGAGAAUGGACUAAGUGCUCCAAGAAUUGUGAAGGUGGCAUUAAGUUACGAGAGGUCAAAUGUUUUGACCUCCGGGAUCAACGAACUCUUCGACCUUUCCACUGCCGAGCCAUGUCCCCCAGGCCACAAACACAAAUGCCCUGUAACCUUCAGCGGUGUCUCCAUUGGUACGCCUCCUCAUGGGGUCAGUGCUCCGAGGUGUGUGGUGGGGGUGAGCAGCAGCGAAUUGUCACCUGUCCAGAGGACAAUCGAUGCGACAAGGACCUUCAGCCUAGCAACGUCCAGUCAUGUAACAGCCAGCCGUGUGUGCAGUGGCUGACUGGAUCUUGGGGACAGUGUUCAGCUUCUUGCGGGGGCGGCGUGCAGCAUCGACUCAUCAAGUGUGUUAACACCAAGACUGAGACGGGUGAAGAGGUGGAUCAAGCUCAGUGUGAACAUGAGCCACAGCCUGUAAGCACUCAAAAGUGUCACUUAGAAGAAUGCGAGAGCACCCCUCCUGGAACAGUUUGUCUUCGUGACCGGCUGACGUCUCGUUUCUGUCAGACUCUCCGCUGGCGUGGACUUUGCCAUAAGCCCAACGUACAACAACAGUGCUGCAAGACCUGCAACAACCGUUACCCCUCCAGCAACGCAUCUCAUCAGUGACACAUCACAGAACGUCCUCAUAUGCUUCAUCAACAGGGUCACAAAUUGCUCCACAGGGUAAUGAAUUAUAGAUCAUUGUGCAGAAUCAACAAUCUGAGCCCUCUCCUGAGCUACAGACACAUGUUUCAUGUUCAUGUUUUGGCUGAAUAUGAGAAUGUAUAUAAUUUCUUGCACUUUUGAUAGAGCACAAUUUGACAAUUUCUGUGUAGCAGAAAGAAGGGACAUACUUUUUAAUGUAGUCUUGUUUAUUACACAUAUACACAAAGCACUCCUUCCCUUACGAUGAAUCCAAUGCUUAUAUUUUAUUGACAGCACAGAAACUGAACAGUGACAGGAUACAGUUCACAGGGAUUUUAAACAUAUAUUGAGGUACAAGUCUUUGGAGCAAACGCAUCAUUGGUCCUUUGUGUGAUUUAUGAGGGAUUGAUGAUUAUUUGCUAUGAGCCCUGUCCUCCUGCAGGUACAUUCUGAUUAAUUUCAACCUGCUGUUUUUCUGUUGAAGCAGAACCAAUGUUCAAAACACUAACAGCAGGAAUCUGCAGAUGAGAAUCCUUAAUACAGUCAGUAAGAUAAAGUUUUCAGGUAGCUGUUAUUUUGUUGUUGUUGUUUUGUUUUGUUUUUUUCAUUCAGUCAAACAAAAAAACAUUUUGAACUCAUUUAUGUAAAAAGCUCCAUUUUGUACAAUGCUGGAGUUUGUGCUUUUUGCCUUGAUGCAUGCCAGUUUGUGCAGCUCCUUAAUUCUCAAAAUCUCAAUAAUAGUGGUUGAAAGUGAAAAGCAAGCAUAAUCCAACAGGGCUAUUAAGCUAUUAAUGGAAAAUGCACCAGGUUAAAAUAACCUAGUAUUGUUUUUUCAUUGUUUAUAUCUGUAUAUCUGUUUUGGAUUAUGUUCCGUUUGAAGUAAAAGAUCUUUGUUAUUCGGACAGAAGUACAGUAUACCAAAGCCAGGCUGAGCUGAAAAUGUCCUGAGCAGCAGAUAUCAACUCCUUUGGUUGCAAGAAAAAAUUGAUUGAACAGAAGUAAGAAAAUUAUCCAAUUUCUACUUUUCUUAUCUCUGAUGCAUUCAUUUAAUUAAUUUACAUGUACAAUCAAUAUUUCCAUGCCUUCUUCAAGGCAGCAUAAUGUUACUUUUUAAACAACGGCCCCAUUUUAGAAAAAUGGGAAUGUGUUACGCCAACACCCAGAAACUAUGUAUAAGAAAAGACAUUGUUCAAGUUCAGUGUGCCAAAAAAUCUGAAACAAGAUGGAAUUUUGGUAUUUAGAAUAUAUCCUAAACACUUCACAUGCUCACUGUAGGACAAACUGCAGCUCCAUUAAUUCUUCACCUCCACAGCUUGACAGGCCAGCCAUGGCUUGUUAAACUAUGAUGUGGCAGUCACGGUUCAGGGGAGGGCUUCAGCAAAUGGUCAGGCUGUUAGCUGUCUUCUGCAGCUUGUAAAAAGCCUUCACAAAUUGUAGCAGUAAGUGCUUCAUAUUGUCACACCUUUAUUUCCACACAUCUUUAAACUCAGUCAAUGUGAAAAGAAGAAACUGCAGGACAAACUUGGUGCUAGAGGCCAUACAGGCUGCAAACAUUGUGGUAUCGGGUAUUGGCAGGUCCAGUACUGGACUUAUUUACUUGAGUAUUGGAUCAUUUGAUGCUAUUAAAUAUGAGUCAUAUUCUG